GACAGUUUCGCAGCCCUGAGUUAAAUAAUAAGAAGCACAUUCGAAAUGGAUCCAGCACUGCUUCGCGAACGCGAGGCCUUCAAAAAGCGGGCGAUGGCCACGCCCACCGUGGAAAAGAAGUCCAAGCCCGAUAGACCAGCUCCCCCUCCGUCCAGUGAUGAUUCCAAGCGUAAAAUGCGUCCGCCCACGGCUCCCAAGCUGGACGCCACAACAUACAAGACGAUGUCCGGCAGUUCGCAGUACCGCUUUGGUGUGCUGGCCAAAAUUGUAAAAUUCAUGCGCACACGUCACCAGGACGGCGACGACCAUCCACUGACCAUCGAGGAGAUUCUGGACGAAACCAACCAGCUGGACAUUGGGCAAUCCGUGAAGAAUUGGCUUGCUAGCGAGGCUCUGCACAACAAUCCCAAGGUGGAGGCCAGUCCCUGUGGCACCAAGUUCAGUUUCAAGCCAGUCUACAAGAUCAAGGAUGGCAAAACGCUGAUGCGUCUGCUCAAGCAGCAUGAUUUGAAGGGCCUGGGCGGCAUUUUGCUCGACGAUGUCCAGGAAUCUCUGCCACACUGCGAAAAGGUGCUGAAAAACCGAGCAGCGGAAAUCCUUUUCAUUAUUAGACCCAUUGACAAAAAGAAGAUUUUAUUCUACAACGACAGGACAGCUAAUUUUUCGGUGGACGACGAGUUCCAAAAGCUAUGGCGCUCGGCCACGGUUGAUGCUAUGGACGACGCCAAGAUCGACGAGUACCUCGAGAAGCAGGGCAUUCGCUCCAUGCAGGACCAUGGCCUCAAGAAACCAGUUCCUAAGCGCAAGAAGGCGGCCAACAAGAAGCGGCAGUUCAAGAAACCCAGAGACAACGAACAUUUGGCCGAUGUUCUGGAAGUCUACGAGGAUAACACACUAACGCUGAAGGGUGUGAACCCAACGUAGAAUAAAUACAUUAGAUUAUACAAAUAAAAACAACUCUCAAUGGAAUUAAGUACACUCGAA